GAGCAGGAUGAGGUCCGGGUGUUGAGGCUUCUUCCUCACAGCUUUAAGUUCUUUAAUGGAGAGAUGAAUGGAAACUUUUUCUGAACCAUGGAUUUCCAUACACUGUACAAAUACAUCUGUCAGUUUUGUCUCAGCGUGCAGAUCGUUUGGGGUUUAGACGAGGUGACACUCCUGAAUCCUCCGGAGGAGCCUUUGUCAGACUAUCUUUUGAGAAUACUUUACUCUUGUGAUGAACCUGCGACAGUACAGCUGGACUGUAUUGUGUCUUUUGAAAGUGGCACCACUUCCACACUCUUGCUAAGACAGUGGAGCUGCAGUCCUGGUGACCCUAAAAUAAAGACACUGGAGCUGAACUUUCCAGAUUGGUUGGUGUAUCAAGCUGAUGGGAUUAUCCCAGACUCCCAGUGGGUGCUGAGUUGCAUCCUUCAAGCGUCACUAAGAUACAGUGGAUUUGAUGACACUGACGGGUCUGUUGCAGCUCAGGAUGUGGCAAAUUUGCACCCUAAACCUUUUUUUAGUCGACCUGUGAAACAGCAUCAACUAUGUAUUUCCUGGAGUACACAAAUGCUGCAAUUGACUCAACGGUUUUCAAAGAAACAAUGCCCUUUGGAGCAAGAAACAGUGCAUUUGCUGUCUUCAAUAUACGCUUCAACUGGGGAAAACUUUGGGAUCACAAAGACACUGGGCCCUUACAGCAGUGAGAUUCUGGAGUAUUUACGUGUGAACGCCAUCUACUUUCCAUGGUGUAUGUUAUCCAUCUGGAUAUUUGUGACCAGAUACUGCCAAGAAAACGUGUGUGGUGUGCUUCACCAUAUAGACUCCCGUAAUAACUAUGCCUCACUAACACUGUUCCUCAAAGCCUCAGGCCAGCUACACAUCCAGAUGAGUGAGGACUCUGAGAAAUCCUCUGCAUUUAGUUCUUCAUUCAAGGUGCCUUUAAAGAAAUGGUGCCAAAUCAGCUUGAUGUUGCAAGGUAGAACGGUGACCGUCUCCAUGGUGUGCAUUGAUGAGGAGCAGAAAACUUUUCAUUCAGUUGAACACAUAUUUGGGCAUAUUGUCGAGCUGGAUGACACAGACGGAUAUUUUGUGAUUGGUGGAGGGAAAUAUGUAAAAGGAGUGGAAGGUUAUUUUGGGCCAUUGGUUUACUACCGCAACCAAAUACCACCUUACAGCAUGUCUGAAGUUGUUAUUCCAGAUGUCAUCAGGACCGUCAACCUGACUGGAUGGCUGCAGACCUGUCAACAAUUUCGUUUUGAGAUGAAUGUGAAAAUCAGUGGCUAUUCUCUCAUGGCUGAACACAGAAGGAACUCUGAGACCUGUUCUGAUGCUUUUCAUGAGUGGAUAGAAGAGGGUAGACGACCAUCAGAGUCACAGUGUGAGCUGUGGGAGGCGACUGUCCCUCAUAAGAGACAAGCUGCAAAACUGGCCAAGUUUUUGGCUUUCAAACAUGGAGAAAGACGAGUUAGCCUACCAGCUGUGGGCAGAGCACUGUACUCCUUAUCACUUCAAAAGCUGAGCAGAGCGAGCAGCACUAAGGUGGUCAGCAGAAUAUUACCGCUGCUGCUCCAAGCUGGCUGCUUAGCUGAUAACCGAGCUCUGCACAUGUCGUCGGCGCUCUACAGCGCUGGUCUGGGAGUCAAGGAACAGCCCAAUAAGGCUUGGCUCCUGGCCCUGCUGGCUGCCCAGAAGGAUGAUCGAUUAGCACUUCUGCAUCUUGGGCACCUGCACCAUCAGGGUCUCCAUGGCCUGCCCCCAGACCCAGACCUGGCUUAUGCAUAUUAUGCAAACAUUGCUAAACAGACAACUUUUGACCGUCACAAUCCCACACCACAGCAGACAUUUGUUGAGGCUGUUUACUUAAACAAUGAUGAGGAGUUGAAUCUCCAGACCAAUGAAGACCAUCAUAUCUUCCAGUGGCUGAAACUGCAAGCACGCAGGGGAGCAGCUGAAGCAGAGCAAACGGUUGCCCGCAUGCUGUUCUGGGGUCAGCAGGGAGUGUCUCCAGACAUCCAGAAGGCUGUGAAACACUACGAAAGAGGAGCCAUUCAGUGGGAGGACCCUGUGUCUAUGUAUGACUAUGGCAUAGUUCUACUGCAGGGGCAUGGGGUUGAACAGGACAUCCCAAAGGCUCUCACUUUCCUGAAGAAAGCAAUCGACCAGGAUUUUGUUCCUGCAAUCAGUGCCAUGGCCUGGUACUAUGAGCACUUUGAGAAGGACUACGUGCAGGCAGUGCAGCUGUGGGAGCUGGCUGAUCUCCUCGAGUGUCCAGACGCUGCUUUGAAUCUCGGCGUGAUGUACUCACAGGGUCUGUAUCCAGGAAAACCUGCUGACCAGUUUAUGGCCUAUCAGUACUAUCUGAAAUCUGCAGAGAGAGGGCACAUCAGGGGAGCACUUCUCCUCGCUAACACCUGGACCACUGGGAUACCUGGCAGUGUCAACAGACAACCAUCAGAUGCUGUUUUGUGGGUAAAGUGGGCGGCAGAGCACAACGGAUACCUGGGCAGCGUCUUGCGGAAGGCUUUGGAUUCGUAUCUCAAGAGUGACAUGUUCAACUCGCUGUUAUAUUACCUGAUGGCUGCUGAGUGCGGGUACUCACCUGCUCAGUUCAACGUGGCAUAUCUGUGCGAACAAAAUACGUUAGGUUUUCUGGAUCCUGCUUAUGCAUCGAACUGCAUGUGGCGAUAUUACAACCGGACAAUCCAAAGUCAAAAUCCUGACACUUAUGCCUUGAACAGGAUGGGUGACCUGUACUAUGAGGGGCAAGGUGACAGGCAGAAAGACUUGUUUUCUGCAGCAAGGAUGUACACACUGGCAGCACUUAGGAACGAGCCACAGGGAUGGUACAACCUUGGCCUCCUUGCUGAGGAGGGUUACAGGCUGCCGCUGUCAGUAUUGAUUGACCUUGGCCUUUCAGAGCUGUAUCUGGCAGACAACAGUUUGCUGCUAAGCACUUUGUACAAAAGAUGCAGAGACUCAGAAGAUACAGAUUCAUACUUGCCCUGCAGCCUCGCCCUCUUCAGUGUGUAUCUUCAGUCGUUCCAAAAGGACUAUAGUGCUGCUAUUAAGAUAUCCACUACUGUUGCUGUGGUUGCAGCUCCAACAAUACUCAUCAUCAUCUUCGGUGUGCUCAGGAGACCUGUCCUGUCUCCCAACUAGAGCCAAGACUCUUAUCAGGACUGUAAGUGGAACAAACUCAGGGACUAAUAUGCAAAGUUGACCUCCCUGGCAACAGCGUUGACACAUUUUGUGUUAGUUUACAUAAGUUUACCAUGGAAUCACUGUAAAGAAAACAUGUGAGUGUUACAAAUAUGAACAUUGUCUUUUAGUACACAUUGGAAUGUUUUGGGUUUGUACGUUUGCAUUGCCUUUUAGUGAAAAGAAUAAGAUGAUCGAACAAUAAAGAGUCUGUUUAAGUGCCAUUGGACAUGCAAUCAGUUUUAAAGGUGCUUCUGAUAAGUCAAAGAUGUUAUUCUUAGAUGUUCUUUUGUCUCCCAGUGUAAUGACUCCUUCACCCUGUGGCGUUCUGUGCAUGGAUGACUUGCAGAAUUUCAGAUUGCUCAGCUGUAGCCUCAGGUCCACCUCACCACCUCAAACUUUAAAGUGCUAACUAAACAAACAUCUAACAGGUCACCUGGAGUCCAGGCUUUUCUGAUAUGACACCAUAUCUUAAAAUUGAUCUUCAGCCUAUACAUUUGUGAUUUCCUCUUUUUAAUCAAUUUGUGUGAACAGAUCUACUACUGUUUAAAAGAUCAAAAUCCAAUCUGAUAGGAAAAUAUAGAUUAUAAAAUCAUAAUCUGAACAAGUCUUACCUGACUCCAAUACACUGCAACAUCGAUUCUGCUCUGGCCUGCUCAGAUAGAGGAUUUAAGCUAUGGGAAGAUGAGGAGAUUUUAUUUGAUAAAUACGUGAUGACUACAUUUGAACAAAUUCAACAGGAAUAUGGUUUCUCCCCAGAAACCACUUCUUCAGAUAUUGACAAAUCUGUAGCUUUAUUUAUUCAGAAUCAAAGCAGGCGGUCUCGCCUUUGACUGUCAGACUUCACAUAUUGAGCGUUUACUUCUUGGUAGAGGCAGGAAAUCUGUUUUCGAGCAGGAGUAUGCUGAACUCAACAUUACUGGUUACAUAAAUUCAGAAAAGAACAAGACAGACUCAGUUUAGACACGGGAUGUAGCCAGGUAUGACAGAAAUGUGCUCCACAUGUAAAGUGGAGGUGGGAGGUUACAGGCAGAUCAGACAGAUAUGAUGUACAUAUACCGUAUGUGCACCAUAUACAGAUAUGUGUAUCUGAACAUGAAUAUAUCUGGAAGUCAGAUGUUUUGUUCUCGUGUCCAUUGUGUAUUGUUGGAGCUGUCUGUGUUAAGUGCUCUUGUGUUGAAAAGCAUAUUAAAAAUAUUGCCCCAAAGACAACAAAACAA